AUGCGUAGUCCUGCCCUUCUCGCGCUCGCCCUGGCGGGGACGGCCGCCGCCGUCAACGGCUCCGCCCACUGCCACUGCCAGCCCUCGCAGCCCUGCUGGCCCUCGCCAGAUGCCUGGAAUCGCCUCAAUGCGUCCCUGUCUGGCCGUCUGGUCGCCCUCCGACCCGUCGCCGCUGUAUGCCACGAUCCCGACUACGAUGCCGCCGCAUGCGCGCAGCUGCAGGCGAACAGCAACAACUCGGCCUUCCUGGCCGCCCAGCCCGGCGCGCUGCAGUGGGAGAACUGGGCUGCCUGGCCAGCUCGCGGCCAGCAGUGCUACGUCGAGACUGGGCGCUCCGUGCCGUGCGGACAGGGCCGUAUCCCGCUGUACUCGGCGCAGGUCGAGUCCGUCGAGGACAUCCAGACCACCGUGCGCUUCGCGGCCGCGAACAACAUCAAGCUGACCAUCCGGAACACCGGCCACAGCUUCCUGGGCCAGUCCAGCGCCCCGAACUCGCUGCAGAUCGACACCAGCCGUCUCAAUUCCAUCUCCAUCGUCGACUCCUGGACACCCCAGCUGCCGCCGGGCGUUCACGGGCCUCCGCCGCAGGGCGUGCCCGCCGCGACGUUCGGCGCCGGCGUCCAGAUGCACGGAGCCUACACGGCCCUGAAUAAAGCUGGCCGCAUUAUCGCCGGCGGCUCGUCCAGCACCGUGGGCGUGGCCGGCGGAUUCCUGCAGGGCGGCGGACAUGGCAUCCUGGGCCAUCUCGCGGGCAUGGGAUCGGACAACGCGCUGGAAUUCACCGUCGUCACGGCCAACGGCUCCGUGGUCACGGCCAACUCGUACCAAAACCAGGAUCUCUUCUGGGCCCUGCGCGGCGGUGGCGGCGGUACCUGGGGCGUGGUCGUCAAUGCCACCGUCAAGACGUAUCCCGACUACCCUGUCACCGCAGCGUCUAUCGGCUUCACGACUGCCCAGCCCAGCGCGGCCUACUGGGCGGGCGUCGAGGCGUGCAAUGCGCAUCUGGUCUCGCUCAACGACCAGGGCGCGACGGGCUACUACUACAUCACGCCGUACUCGCAGGUGUCGGCCAACUCCACCGUUGCCACGUUCAACCUGUACCUGUUCUUCGUCAACCAGACGGAUACGGGCUUCGUCAACCGCACGCUCGCGCCUAUGCUGGCGGCCAUGCAGCAGGCCACGGGCAUCGCGCCCACGGUCGACAUUGGCACGGUGCCCACGAUGACGUCGCUGAUGCUGUCCAUCUUCCCGGGGGCGGACAGCGACGGGUAUCUGGUGCUGCUGGGGUCGCGGCUACUGUCGCGGUCGUUCCUGGGCUCGUCGACAGGGCCGGCCAAGAUGGCGCAGACGUUCCAGCGCCUGGGCCUCCAGCCGAUGGAGUACAUCCAGGGCUUGCUCGUGGCAGGCGGACAGGUAGCCGCCAACGCCGGGGUGGUAGACAGCGCGCUGAACCCAGCCUGGCGGACUGCAGCGCUGCAUCUGAUCUUCAUCCGGGCGUGGAUGGCGAACAUGCCGCUGGCGACGCAGAAUGUGCUGGCGCAGAAGAUCACAAACGUCGACAUGCCGCUGCUCGAGGCGCUGGAGCCGGGUCCCAUGGCGGCGUAUCCCAACGAGGCCAACGCCUACCAGCCCAAUUUCCAGCAGGUAUUUUGGGGCGACAACUAUCCCAGACUGUACAAGAUUAAGCAGGCGGUCGAUCCGACCAAUCUCUUCAUCUCGCGGCUGGGUGUGGGUAGUGAGGAUUGGGAUGAUGAUGGGGCGUGCCGGAGACAUUAG